AUGCAGCACUACGGGGUGAACGGCUACUCUCUCCACGCCAUGAACUCACUGAGCGCCAUGUACAACCUCCACCAGCAGGCGGCGCAACAGGCCCAGCACGCACCCGACUACAGGCCUUCUGUGCAUGCACUCACUCUUGCAGAGAGACUGGCUGACAUUAUCCUUGAGGCCCGGUAUGGCUCCCAGCACCGAAAGCAGCGGCGGAGCCGGACAGCCUUCACCGCCCAGCAGCUGGAGGCCCUGGAGAAAACCUUCCAGAAGACCCACUACCCCGAUGUGGUGAUGCGUGAACGUCUGGCCAUGUGCACCAACCUGCCAGAAGCACGUGUGCAGGUCUGGUUCAAGAACCGUCGGGCCAAGUUUCGUAAGAAGCAGCGCAGCCUGCAGAAGGAGCAGCUCCAAAAACAGAAGGAGGCGUCUGGAGCGGCAGAGGGCUCUACAGAGGACUCCAAGGCCGACCUCACCACCAACACCAACACCACCACCAACACCAACACCACCACCGCCACCCUGGUUCCUGAGGCCCGCACUCCUCCCCCUCCCUCCUCUCUUUCAUCCUGUCACUCAGACACAGAGAGGCUGGCAGCAGCACGGCCGCAACCUGGUGAGAUGAGCGUGGAAGUCAACGUCACCUCCCCUGAGCCAUCGGACAGCGAGUCAGCAGCAGAAGAUAAUGCUGACAGAGAGGAGGACGAAAUGAGGGGGGAGACGAGGGGGAAGAUCAGGGAGGAGACGCAGGGGGAGGGGGGAGCGCAGCCGGGGAGCAGCUCCCCAUCCUGCAAACGACUCAGCCCCACAUCAGACUCCCCCCUGGGCUCCCCCGCCUUGCCGUCCUCCAGCAGCGUGACCGGCGGUUUGGCUCAGAGCAACUCCUACGCCUCGUCUCCCCUCAGCCUCUUCCGGCUGCAGGAGCAGUUUCGCCAGCACAUGGCCGCCACCAACAACCUGGUGCACUACCCGUCCUUUGACAUGAGCACGCCGUCCUCUCUGCCCUACCUGGGCAUGAACGUCAACAUGCCGUCCCCGCUGGGCUCGCUGCCCUGCCAGUCCUACUACCAGACCCUGUCGCAGGCCCAGCAGGUGUGGAACAGCCCGCUGCUGCAGACGGCGCCAGGCAGCCUCCCGGGAAGCCUCAACAGCAAGACCACCAGCAUUGAGAACCUCCGUCUGAGGGCCAAGCAGCACGCAGCCUCGCUGGGAUUGGACACGCUCCCCAACUGA